AUGUCCCAAAAAAUCAGGAGGUUAUCGCGGAUGCUGCUGGAAUGUCAGAACAACGACAAACUGUGCAUCAUACGGGAGAAUCAGGCUGAACUAAUAGUCGUCCCAGUCCUCUUAGUGGGUGUCUUUGUUGUUGUCUUAAGCGUCAUACUUUGGCUACAUUACCGCAACUGGAAGAUAAGACAUCAGACCUUCCCAGGGUCUGAAGAGAAAGCUGCAGUCCCAGUAUCGGAAGAUAAGAAAAGGCAGGGGAAAGCCAGCCCGUUAGAACACACCUCCAUCCAGCUAAGUGGGACGACUAUGGAUUGCUUGCUAAGAACAGCAGCCUUAACCUUGAAGGAACUGGAGAUUCCACGAGAGAAAAUCUCCCCGGAGUCCCUGGAGUUUAUUCGGAAUGGGAGCUUUGGGGGAAUCUACAGAGCAGAACUGGACACCGCCAGUCCGGGGAAAACUCAGCUGGUCAUCUUGAAAGCGUUACAAGAAUCAGCCACCUCUCAUGAGAUGAAAGAGUUUCUGGAAAGGAUUAAAUUCCAACAGUUCCUUGGUCCCCAUGAAAACAUAGUCAAGUUAUUAGGGUGUUCUGUCACCCAGAUGCCUCUUUACAUGAUAUUAGAGGAUGCUUCCAAUGGAAAUCUUCUCAACUUCCUUUGGACCUGCCGCAGGGAUGUAGUGACCAUGGAUGGUUUGCCUUUUGACCUUACGGAAAGGCAGGUGUAUAAAAUUGGACAACAAAUUGCAUCAGCUCUGGAUUUCCUCCAGCAAAAGAAGCUGUUCCACGGGGACGUGGCGGCCAGAAAUGUUCUCAUCGGUCGCGACUUUACCGCCAAGCUCUGCAAGCUGGGUCUGGCCUACAGAAGCCACACCUGCGUACCCAGCACCGCGAUGCACUCCGUCCCGCUCAAGUGGCAAGCUCCCGAGCGGCUCCUGAAGAAGCCGCCCAGCAUCAAGUCAGACAUAUGGUCCUUCGGCAUCUUACUGUAUGAGAUGAUCACGUUAGGAGCGCCACCGUUUCCAGAAGUUCCCCCGUCGGAUAUCUUGCAGCACCUUCACAAGAGGCACAUCAUGAACAGGCCUUCCACUUGUCAGCCAGCCAUGUACAGCAUCAUGAAGUCCUGCUGGUACUGGACUCCGACAGACCGCCUAUCUCCCAAGGAGCUGAUCUGGUGGAUACAAACAGCAAUCAAGACCAGCAACGACCAGGCCGUACUUCAAGUCCCUGAGCUGGUGGUGCCAGAAUUGUAUGCGAAUGUUGCCGGAAUUGACGUGGGAGACCUUGCAGUUGACUACACAGUGUUCUGA